UUACUCAAUCAACCAGCUAAGCAAACGUUUAGGGCGGUCGAAUGUAUAGUACCGUGGCUAGGUAGCUAGAUGGUGCAGAGCUCGCUGAUUCAAAACUACAUUUUAAUGGCAGGGCGAAGUUUUGUUUCAGGCCAGGGGCCGCUUUAAGCAGUCUGUGACAUUUGGACUAGUUUGACAAGCCACGAUACUGGACUGGAAUCAUUUGUUUUGACUUCAUCUCUUUCCACAACGGCCUAGCGAAGGCUCCUAUAUUGUAUAACUUUAAAGAAGAUAAACAUGAGCUUUCUUUUUGGCAAUCGGUCUUCCAAGACCUUCAAGCCCAAGAAGAACAUCCCAGAGGGAUCUCACCAGUAUGAGCUGUUGAAACAUGCAGAGGCUACACUGGGCAGUGGGAAUUUACGCAUGGCUGUCAUGCUGCCUGAUGGGGAAGACUUGAACGAGUGGGUGGCUGUCAACACUGUAGAUUUCUUCAACCAGAUCAACAUGCUCUAUGGUACCAUAACAGACUUCUGCACUGAAGAGAGCUGUCCUGUCAUGUCUGCUGGGCCCAAAUAUGAGUAUCAUUGGGCAGAUGGAACCAACAUCAAAAAGCCAAUCAAAUGCUCAGCUCCCAAGUACAUUGAUUACCUAAUGACCUGGGUGCAGGACCAGCUCGAUGAUGAGACACUCUUCCCAUCUAAGAUAGGUGUCCCGUUCAAGCGGAACUUCAUGUCGGUGGCUAAGACCAUCCUGAAGCGCCUGUUCAGGGUCUACGCCCACAUCUACCACCAGCACUUUGACUCUGUGAUGCAGCUGCAGGAGGAGGCCCACCUAAACACCUCCUUCAAACACUUCAUCUUCUUCGUUCAGGAGUUUAACUUGAUUGAAAGGAAAGAGCUGGUCCCACUACAGGAUUUGAUUGAGAAGCUGACCACCAAGGACAGAUAAACCCAGGCUGACUGAUCAUUUUAACUCUGUGAUAGUCUACUAUUCUUUUUGCACAGAUACCCCUUCUGCCCUGCCCUGGCCUAUAUGUAUACAGCAUACGCUAACUUUGCGAACAUGUUCUCUAGAAAGCCAGGUAAGUAAGGAAGAGACUUGCACUGUUAUAGGCACUAGGGUAAUACUAUGGGGGAGUUCUAUACUACUGUCUGAGCCGGUAUGUGCUCUAUAGUUGGAUGUACUAUGUGGUUUGAAUUUGGACGGAUCCCUAAAACUGAAAUAACUAUGUAUUGACAUCCUCUGUGUUGUAUAUUUACAGUACCAGCCAAAAGUUUGGACACACCUACUCAUUCAAGGGUUUUUCUUUAUUUUUACUAUUUUCUACAUUGUAAAUAAUAGUGCAGACAUCAACUAUAAAAUAACACAUGGAAUCAUGUAGUAACCAAAAAAGUGUUCAACAAAUCAAAAUAUAUUUCAUUUGAGAUUCUUCAAAAUAGUCACCCUUUGCCUUGAUGACAGCUUUGCACACUCUUGGCAUUCUCUCAACCAACUUCAUGAGGUAGUCACCUGGAAUGCAUUUCAAUUCACAGAUAUGCCUUGUUAAAAGUUAAUUGGUGGAAUUUCUUUCCUUCUUGCGUUUGAGCCAAUCAGUUGUGUUGUGACAAGGUAGGGGUGGUAUACAGAAUAUAGCCCUAUUUGGUAAAAGACCAUGUUGAUAUUAUGGCUAGAACAGCUCAAAUAAGCAAAGAGAAACAACCGUCCAUCAUUACUUUAACCUCUAGCGACGAGCAAUCCCGUAUCCGGGAGCGUAAUCAUAGCCUCAAGCGCAUUACCAUAACGCAACGUUUCCUAUUCAUGAAAAUCGCAAAUGAAAUGAAAUCAAUAUAUUCAAACACAAGCUUAGCCUUUUGUUAACAACACUGUCAUCUCAGAUUUUCAAAAUAUGCGUUACAGCCAACGCUAGACAAGCAUUUGUGUAAGUUUAGCAUGGCAUAAUGCUAUGCUAGGCUGUGCUGGCAGCAGGCAACAUUUUCACAAAAAUAAGAAAAGCAACCAAAUUAAAUUAUUUACCUUUGAAGAACUUCAGAUGCUUUCACUCAGGAGACUCCCAGUUAGAUAGCAAAUGUUCCUUUUUUCCAAAAAUAAUAUUUUUGUAGGCGAAAAACGUCACGUUUGUUCAUCCUGCUUGGCUGAGAAAUUGACAGAAAAAUACUUCAACGAUAAUGCAUUAGCAUAACGCAAGUUUUUCUAUUCAUGAAAAUUGCAAAUGAAAUAAAUAUAUUCAAACACAAGCAUAGCCUUUUGUUAACAACACCGUCAUCUCAGAUUUUCAAAAUAUGCUUUUCAACCAAAGCUACACAAGCAUUUGUGUAAGAGUAUUGAUAGCCUAGCAUAGCAUUAAGCCUAGCAUUCAGCAGGCAACAUUUUCACAAAAACAAGAAAAAAGCAUUCAAAUAAAAUAAUUUACCUUUGAAGAACUUCAGAUGAUUUCAAUGAUGAAACUCUGUUAGAUAGCAAAUGUUAAUUUUUUCCAAAAAUAUUAUGUGUUGGCGAAUUUAGCUCCGUUUUGUUCAUCACGUUUGGCUAAGAAAAAGAACGGAAAAUGCAGUCACUACAAAGCCAAACUUUUUUCCAAAUUAGCUCCAUAAUAUCGACAAACAUGGCAAACGUUGUUUAGAAUCAAUCCUCAAGGUGUUUUUCACAUAUCUAUUCAAUGAUAAAUCAGUGGUGACAGUUGGUUUCUCAUCAGAAGCGAACGGAAAAAAUACUGCAGCUGGAGAUUACACAAUAAUUGCAACGGAGGACACCAAGCGACCACCUGGUAGAUGUAGUCUCUUAUGGUCAAUCUUCCAAUGAUAUGCCUACAAAUACGUCACAAUGCUGUCGACACCUUGGGGAAGCGACGGAAAGCCUAAGCUCAUUCAUGGCCCAUUCACAGCCAUAUAAGGAGUCAUUGGCAUGAGGCGGUUUCAAAAAAUGCGGCACUUCCUGAUUGGAUUUUUAUCUGGGUUUUUUCUGUAACAUCAGUUCUGUGGCACUCACAGACAAUAUCUUUGCAGUUGUGGAAACGUCAGUGUUUCCUUUCCAAAGCUGUCAAUUAUAUGCGUAGUCGAGCAUCUUUUCGUGACACAAUAUCUUGUUUAAAACGGGAACGUUUUUCAUCCAAAAAUUAAAAUUGCGCCCCCUAUAUCCAAGAAGUUUAAGACAUGAAGGUCAGUCAAUCCGGAAAAUUUGGAGAAUGUUGGAAGUUUCUUCAACUGCAGUUGCAAAAACCAUCAAGUGCUAUGAUGAAACUGGCUCCAUUGAGGACCGCCACAGGAAAGGAAGACCCAGAGUAAUCUCUGCUGCAGAGGCUAAUUUCAUUAGUUGCCAGUCUCAGAAAUUGCAGCCCAAAUCAACAUCAACUAUUCAGUGGAGACUGGUUGAAUUGCUGCAAAGACACCACUACUAAAGGACACCAAUAAGAGUAGGUGAACAGAUUAUCUGCGCAUGUAUGGUUCCCGCUGUGAAGUAUUGAGGAGGAGGUGUGAUGGUGUGGGUGUGCUUUUCUGUCGACACUGAUUUAUUUAGAAUUCAAGGCACACUUAACCAGCAUGGCUACCGCGGCAUUCUGCAGCGACGCGCCAUCUCAUCUUGUUUGUGCGUAGUGGGACGAUAAUUUGUUUUUCAACAGGACAAUGACCCAAAACACACUUCCAGGCUGUGUAAGGGCUAUUUGACCAAGUAGGAGAGUGAUGGAGUGCUGCAUCAGAUGACCUGGCCUCCCAAUCACUCGACCUCAACCCAAUUGAGAUGGUUUGGGAUGAGUUGAACCGCAGAGUGAAGGAAAAGCAGCCAACAAGUGCUCAGCAUAUGUGGGAACUCCUUCAAGACUGUUGGAAAAUUGUUCCUCAUGAAGCUGGUUAAGAGAAUGCCAAGAGUGUGCAAAGCUGUCAUCAAGGCAAAGGGUGGCUACUUUGAAGAAUCUCAAAUAUACUUUGGUUUAACACUUUUUUUGUUGUUGUGGUUACUACAUGAUUCCAUAUGUUUUUUCAUAGUUUUGAUGUCUGCUAUUCUACAAUGUAGAAAAUAGUACAAAUAAAGAAAAGCCCUGGAAUGAGUAUGUGUCAACUUUUGACUGGAACUGUAUAUUAACAUUUAUCGUCUGCUCGUAUUGAAGUUCACCACUACAGAUUGCACAUUUUUAACAGAGGGUAUAAAAGUUCAAGGGACUACAUAAGUAUUUGAGCAUAUUGGUCACAUUGUGAUUUGCCUCAAAACAUAUGGUCAUUUUGUAAAAGUCUUGUUUUCAAUACAAUACUGGUAAUCCAGCAAAUUGCCAAAGCUUUAUUUGAUGGGCCACAUACAGUAUACAAGUAAAAUAUUGUCUUUGAGAUCAAGAGUGCCAUAUUUAUAGCCUGGUUUCUCAUGUUCUCCCCAUAGAAUGUUUUGGCUAAUAAGCCAUCAAAUGAAAUAUAAUAGCACAUUCAGUGCUAUAUGCUUCUGUUUCAAUAGUGUGAUGAUUCCCUAUGCCUUUUGUAAGGUCUGAGUAAUGUAUUGCUGUGCUGCAGACUGCUGAGGGAUGGAAUCCAAAAUUAAAAUGUUUACUAUGCAAUAAGUCAUGCCACUCUUCAAAAUUUCAAUGAUUACUAGUUUCCAUUCACAACAGAUGGGAACAAAUGCUUUUCUUUACGUGUGUUAUUCAUAGUUAGUGGUGUUACUUUAAAAGGUAGAUGUUGGGACUGAGACAUUGCUUUUGGAUUACUUCAAUAUAGAUCUACUAGAGUAUGCAGUAAGACAUGAAAGCAAUGGAAUGCUUUGUUAAAAUGCCAUUUUAUCUUGACAUCUUUUCAGGAAGAUUUGAUAUGGAGAUAUAACUAACUUCUGUUCAGAAAUCCACACUGUAAAUACAACAAUAAGGCCAGGAAUUUGCUGUGAUAUCAUAUUUUGGUAGCCGGCAUGGACUGGUAGUUGUAGGUCUAUUAAAGGAUUUAGAAUGUUAUUAGGUCUCUUUUAGAGGUUGUUACUUCUCCCCUUUCCACCAUGUCAUAGUCCCUUUUUCCUUAUAUCAUUGCGUUUAAUUUGUUAAUUUAGAUUUAUAGCUUUAGAAAAUUACAAUUUAAUGUGAUUGUGUUUCAUAAGGUGGUAAAGCAACAAAGCCAUCGGCCAUGCUUCUCUGGGAACAUUGCAGCAGAAUUUAAUCCCGUCUAUACUCUUCCUUCAGAAAGUAUUCAUACCCCUUGACUUAUUCCACGUUUUGUUGUUACAUCCUGAAUUCAAAAUGGAUUAAAAAUAAAUACUAAUUCUCACCCAUCUAUACACAAUACCCCAUAAUGAAUAUUUUUUUUGCAAAUUAAAUAUCUCAUUUACAUAAGUAUUCACACACCAGAGGCAAUACUUUGUAGAAGCACAUUUGGCAAUGAUUACAGCUGUAAGUCUUUCUGGGUAAGUGCUUUCCACACCUGGAUUAUGCAACAUUUGCCCAUUUUUUUAUUAUUUUUAAAAUUCUUUAAGGUCUGUCAAAUUGGUUGUUGAUCAUUGCUCGACAACCACUUGAUGCCACUUAGGAACAUUCAAUGUCAUCUUGUUAAGCAACUCCAGUGUAGAUUUGGCUUUGUGUUUUAGGUUAUUGUCCUGCUGAAAGGUGAAUUAUUUUUGUAUUUAACUAGGCAAGUUAAGAACACCUUUCUUAUUUACAUUGAUGGCCUACCCAAACCCUAACUUUGCUGGGCCAAUUGUGUGCCGCCCUAUGGGAUUCCCAAUCACGGCCGGUUGUGAUACAGGCUGGAAUUGAACCAGGGUCUGUAGUGAUGCCUCUAGCACUGAGAUGCAGUGCGUUAGACUGCUGCGGCACUUGGGAGCCCUCUCCAAGUGUCUGGUCAAAAGCAGACUGAACCAGGUUUGCCUCUAGGAUUUUGUCUGUGCUUAGUUCCAUUCUGUUUUUUUUUUUUUUUUUUUUCCUGAAAAAUUCCCCAGUCUGUAACGAUUACAAGUAUACCCAUAGCAUGAUGCAGCCACCACUAUGCUUGAAAAUAUGGAGAGUGGUACUCAGUAAUGUAAUGUGUUAUGUUUGGGGCAAAUCCAAUACAACACUUUGUAUUCAGGACAAAAAGUUGAAUUGCUUUGCCACAUGUUUUGCAGUAUUACUUUACUUUAGUGCCUCGUAAACAGGAUGCAUGUUUUGGAAUAUUUGUCUUUACAGGCUUCCUUUUCACUCAGUCAGUUAGGUUCGUAUUGUGGAGUAACUACAGUGUUGUUAUUCCAUCCUCAGUUUUUUUCCUUCCUAUCGCAGCCAUUAAACUCUCUGUUUUAAAGUCACCAUUGGCCUCGUGGUGAAAUCCCUGAGUGGUUUCCUACCUCUCUUGCAGCUGAGUUAGGAAGAAUGUCUGUAUUUUGUAGUGACUGGGUGUAUUGAUACACCAUCCAAAGUGUAAUUAAUAACUUCACCAUGCUUAAAGGGCUAUUCAAUUUUUUUUAUCGUUUUUUUUUUAUAGCCAUCUACCAAUAGGUGCCCUUCUUUGCGGUGCAUUGGAAAACCUCCCUGGUCUUUGGUUGAAUCUGUCUUUGAAAUUCACUGCUUGACUGAGGGACCUUACAGGUAAUUGUAUGCAUGUGAUACAGAGAAGAGGUAGUCAUUCAAAAUUCAUGUUAAACCCUUAUUGCACACACUGAGUCCAUGCAACUUAUGUGAUUUGUUAGGCACAUUUUUACUCCUGAACGUAUUUAGGCUUGCCAUAACAAAGGUUUUGAAUACUUAUUACCUCAAGACAAUAAGUACUCAACUUUUCAUUUGUAAAAUUUUCAAAAAACAUAUUUCCACUUUGACAUUAUGGGGCAUUGUGUGUAGGCCAGUGAAACAAUCUAAAUUGAAUCCUUUUAAAAUUGACUGUAACACAACAAAAUGUGGGAAAAGUCAAGGGGUGUAAAUACUUUCUGAAGGCACUGUAUAUUCCCUUUACUGUAAUAUAUAUAAUCUUUUGAUAAAUUAGUUGUAAAUAAUGAAUUUGAUUAGGCUGUUGAAAGUUACAGAACUGUAAUAUACUGAAUGCUGUUUAUAUGGCAAAUAAAGGUGUUUGACCAGA